CAUAGUUCUUCUUGUUCUUUGCAGCAUCCAACCAUUUUCUUUCAUGACAGCCAGAUGCUCUUGAUGGCAGAAAACUUAAUGGAUGGUGAUGCACAACAAAGAAAAACAUACCUCUUGCCGUACAGUACUCGUACGUACGUCCUACUCCAACUUCGGAACAACAGCCGAAAGUGUAAAAUGCUUUUGAAGCAGUUCAUUAGCAAGUGAUCACUCUGAUUGCAAGCAAAGAGCUGCCUUCCCAUAUGGCAAUCAAGGCUAGAAGUGGUGCUUUGAUGCAACUUCCAUUCCAAGCGCAGCAUACAUCUUGAGUUCUUCAGCGUCAUGAUUGCAUCAGAUGCUGCGGCUGUGGACAAUUGCCGCGCAAUCGAUGGUGACGGCAAUAGCUAUUAUGAACAAAUUUCAAAGAAAAGAAAUUUAAAUAACACCAACGCAAGACUUGCCUCUCGACUUUCAACGUCAGUCACUUCGGCAACAUCUCUUUCUCUAUCGGAUACAACCGAUGAUGAUGAGUUCAGAUUGCCCAAACGAGUUGUCGCCCUGAACAUUGUGCGCCCUGUUCCGAAACGAAUUAGCGAGCAAUUUUAUGAUGAUGCCUAUCGAAAGGGAUUUACUCUUCGUGAAACGAACCAAGCGGCCAUGAUGGCACACGAUUGGAACAGGAAGUGGAGAGAUCAAGACGAAACAUAUCACACGAUGCCGGAGGAAGAUUUCUAUCGCUCGUCAGCAGCAGUUGUCCCCGCAAGCUAUUGCCAUGGGGUGUUUUCCGAUUUGGAUUACAAGGGUGGUCCUCCUGCCUAUACUGAUGCCGAUAUUGACAUCGAUCAACACCAGGUAGCGAAUGGUUUGCUUCUCCUUUUGGAACGCGAAGAGGGAGCCAAAAAUCCUUCGCUUGGAAGUCCUGAAGAAGGAAAGAGAAAGAGGUAUUCCUCCCGGACUGCCGAAGUUAGACUGAGCCGGCAUCAUUCUAUAACUGAACAACAGAAACAACACAACCAACCUAGUCUGGAACAGUGGCAACUCGGAGCCUUCAACAAAACCAUACCAAACUCUGCACACAAAGGAACGAAUGUAAUAUCGUCUACCGAAGCUUCUACGUGGGGUGAUUCAAGCAUGAACACCAUUGAACCCAACGGUUGCGAGAGAUGCCACAGCAACGCUACAGAAGAGAAGCAAGAUAAUGAAAUCUUUAGCGAAUUCUGCGAACUCGAGCAAGAUGAUAAAACUGAUAACGAGCCUGGCCACAAUCAAAAGGCUUUGGGCAUUCAACGUCCCUUACCCCUGCGCCCAAUGCCCAUUAGACCAUUAGCCAUUCGUGCCAAUCGGUCCAGACACAUUGUCCCACAGCCAACGUAUGCGAAGCUGUCACCGUUCGCGCAGGAGAGUCGGAACGGAAGUACGGGAAGGGGAAUCCCUCGAGGUAUUGUGAUGAGUCACAGUAACAGGGCCGAAGGUGUAUCUCCCAUGAGCUUUUCUCAACUGACUGGAUCGUCACCCAUGUCAUCAGGGAGUGAGAUGAUGGGCGUAACCGUGAUUAAUAGUGACCACGAAAACCUGCACUAUGUAGAAGACGACGAUUUAUUCGACAUUGCCAAGGAUUCCGCUAUUCAACCUGUUAAUAUGAUUGAAAAGGCUCGUGAUGAUAUUCUUCGAGUUCUCGCCAUCAGUGAUGGGGAUUCAGAAUCAGAAGACUUCAAGAAGAAGGUUGAUCCUCUUGAGAAACAUUUUCUUGGACGAGAAAUCGAUACGAGAGCAAUCUCAGUUCCUUCAAAUAGAGGAACUCUCGCCUCGUCUGCAUCUGCCUCUUCUGCUGCUGAAUCUAUCAACGGGAUGUGGCUAACUCUUUCGAAGCCUAAUUUCUUUGGAAAGCUUGGACAAAACGAUAAUGGAGAUCCAAUGUACACUCUUGGCCGUAUGUCAUUUGACAUGUUCUCCCCAACAAAUCUCGUUUGCAGUCUCCAGGGUAAUUUCAACCACGUUGAGAUUGUCGAUGAAGGAGACCGUAAGGCUAUGCUUGAAAAAGUUCCAAAGAAACUACGAGAGGAAGUGGAGAGUGGAAAGACUACCCUACGUACGUACCAUGUGGUAACCGCAUUUACUAUCGAACCCUCAUUGGCAGCGUAUCCAAAUGCGCCCAAUAAAGACGUUAUGCGCCCCAUCAAAGGCAUAAUGACCACAUAUGGUUACAGCCUUCCAGAUCCCAGCACACCAAACCGACACUCGGUCUGGUUCACUGGAGGCCGCAUUGAACCCAACAACGACAAAACCGAUGUUCUUGGAUGGAAUAAUUUCUUUCAGCUCCAUCCUCCCAAGCACAGUUUCACUGAAAAAGCGAAAUUAUUAGCUGUAAAGCUCUUAAUGGGUGCAACCAUUCCCACCGAAGUCGAUCCUGUAGAUGGGAGCUUCAAUUAUGUAUUUACACGGCCUUUGGGAGGUCACGGUAUGGUAUAUAUUGAUGUCAUCUAUCUUGACGAGAGUUUAAGAAUAGUCAGAGGUCAGCGAGGAACGACCUUCGUCUUUUCUCGUGUACCAGAUACAUCUUGAAACCAUGGCGCUCUCCUAGAUUGGACUAAAAUACAUUUGGAUCU